AUGCUAAACUUCGUAUUUGUGAAAGCUGCUAUACUUUACAAUCUUUAUUCUUUGUUUUUAUAUAAAUGUGAUGCAGCAUCAUACGAACGUGGUCCAUUUAUGCCGCCAGAACGAGACCAAUUUGGCGGAGGAUACCACCGACCAUCUAAUGUGCACCAGAAGCCAGUAUCACCACCAGGACCUUUUCAUCCACCACAAAAAACACCACAGAUCUAUCCACCAGUAGAUCACAUUCCACCACAAAAACCACCGCAGAUAUAUCCUCCAUUUGAUCACAUUCCACCACAAAAACCACCCCAGAUAUAUCCUCCAUUUAAUCACAUUCCACCACAAAAACCACCCCAGAUAUAUCCUCCAUUUGAUCAUAUUCCACCACAAAAACCACCGCAGAUAUAUCCACCGUUUGAUCACAUUCCACCACAAAAACCACCGAUGUAUCCAAAAAUAUCUGGUUCAUUUCCACCAAAAUCACAAAUGCCUCUUACGCAACAACAAUCAUAUAUUUCACGGCCAGUAGUGCAACAACCACAUGCACAUGUCUCAGAGGAAGAAGACUAUUAUCAGCCAACCACUGAUACAGAAAAGCCAUUGACAUAUGUUCCCCCUGCAAAUGUUCCACGAAAAUCACAAUCAUAUGAUCGACCAUCUAGCCAGAGUUAUUCUUCUGAAGGUAGUUAUUCUUCUCAAGGAAGUUAUUCUUCUGGAAUUGGCAAUUCUGACUUUGGAACACCAGAGGAGCCUUUACGACGCAGACCACGUUUCGCUGCUCUGAGCUUGUAUGAUCAAGGAUUUUUCCGCCCAUGA